CACGGCAUGUUUGUUGCGUGACUUUUUUGUUUGUUAAUCUAACGAGCCGGGACCCACGAAUUGCAACCACUCAACAGGUGCAAUUGUUGUUGUGCUCAUGGCCGAAGUCAAGGAUUGGCGUCCGUUUGUUUAUGGCGGCCUGGCGUCCAUAACAGCCGAGUUUGGCACAUUUCCAAUCGACACAACCAAGACCCGUCUGCAAAUUCAAGGACAGAAAAUCGAUCAAACCUUUUCGCAAUUACGAUACCGUGGCAUGACAGAUGCAUUUGUAAAGAUCUCAAGGGAGGAGGGACUCAGAGCUUUGUAUUCAGGCAUUUGGCCAGCGGUGCUGCGACAGGCCACCUAUGGAACUAUCAAGUUCGGCACCUACUACACGCUUAAGAAGCUGGCCAGCGAACGUGGCCUGCUGACCGACAAUGACGGCAGUGAGCGUGUUUGGAGCAACAUCAUUUGUGCGGCGGGAGCAGGCGCCAUUUCAUCGGCCAUUGCGAAUCCCACGGAUGUGCUUAAAGUGCGCAUGCAGGUGCACGGCAAGGGAACCGAUCAACUGGGCCUGCUUGGCUGCUUUAGGGAGAUAUACAAAUAUGAGGGCGUGCGCGGACUCUGGCGCGGCGUAGGGCCAACGGCGCAGCGAGCCGUGGUUAUUGCAUCCGUUGAGCUGCCAGUCUAUGACUUUUGCAAGCUGCAGCUAAUGAGCGCUUUUGGCGAUCAAGUUGCCAACCAUUUUGUUUCGAGUUUCAUUGCCAGCUUGGGCAGCGCUGUUGCCUCGACUCCAAUUGAUGUGAUUCGGACCCGCCUGAUGAAUCAGAGGCACGUGACAGUGCUGAACGGUGGCUUAGCCACUGCAGCUGCAUCACCAGCGAAACUUUAUAGCGGAAGUCUGGACUGUGCUGUGCAAACAAUUCGUAACGAAGGCCUCCUUGCGUUGUAUAAGGGAUUUAUACCGACUUGGGUACGCAUGGGCCCGUGGAACAUCAUAUUUUUCAUCACAUACGAGCAGCUGAAGAAAUAUUAGCAUCGCCGAGGAUUGAGAGACAUCAAGUACAAGAUGUAUUCAGCAUUCAAACCAAAAAUAUCUUUUUUUAAAUAGGAACAUAUUUGAAAUGAAAUCAAGUCAGGGAGUAGCCACGAAAGUGCCUGUUGCAUGCUGACUAUCUAAUAGCCAGAAUGGACCUCCUUUACGGACGAGUUCAUGUAGGGAAAAUGUAACAACAAUUGAAUUAAUUAGUAUAUGGCCGCGGGCAUUUAAGGUAUUCGCAUUUUAAUCAAGCUUUAUACAACCUCUAGUCUUUAAAAUGCUAUUCAGUUUCUUAUGAAAUUUCUUGUAUUUCCUGUUCUCAGCUCUAUGUUUGUAGAUCGCAUUUGGCCGAACGCAUUUAGGAACUUAUAUUGUAAUCUUAAGGAAAACUGUGACAAACACUAGUUUAAUUUAGCUCUUGCAAGUUUAGUUUGAAAUUAUAUUUUAACACUCAUUUCAUUUAUCAAAACAAUUUAUUGGAUUAGUUCGAACUUCACACGAAUCUUUGCUGUAAAUAUGUACAUUUAGUUAAAUAUAUAUAUAUUCAUAUUCGACAUACCAAACAACGAUAUGUUCACGAGAAACAAAUAAACAGAUCGAUCGAAAUCU